AUGGCGCUACUUCUAAGGACGUUGGCCCGACAGGGUGUGUGUCUCACCAGACCACGCUGCAGUGUCUUCUACAGGCAUGCUGCUCCAAUGGGAACCACGGCUAAGGAGGAGAUGAACAAGUUUUGGGACAAAAAUACCAAAUUAAACAGACCCAUGUCUCCUCAUAUAACCGUUUACAAAUGGUCCGUCCCCAUGAUGAUGUCCAUCACAUUCAGAGGAACUGGAGUGGGGCUCAGUGGAGCUAUCUCAGCCUUCGCCUUGGCUGCGCUGGUACUACCAGGAAGUUACCCCCACUACCUGGACUUGAUCCACUCGCUAUCCGUCGGCCCUUAUCUCAUUGGGUUGGCCAAGUUCGGCCUCGCCUUCCCUGUAUCGUUCCACACCUAUAACGGCAUCCGCCACUUGUUUUGGGAUCUUGGCAAGGGCUUCAAAAUUCCAGACGUCUACCGCACCGGCUACACAGUUAUUGGUCUGUCCGUCAUCACCUCCCUGGCAUUAGCUUACCUCUGAGUGGAGAGGAGAGUGUGGACCUGAUUAACUGUGGAUGUUUUGUCUAUGUGUUCUGUUCUGGCCUAAUCCAGGCACCAUUUUAUCAAAGUAUUGAAAUAAAGGAUUAUAUUGUGCUGUAUGCAGAAAA